UUGUAAACCCUGUGACUGAAACAAUGCCCUCAGGUGCAUCAAGGAUUACAGAAAUACCUCCUGAAACAAGCACUGCAUUGUACGCUUCUCCAGCAAAUACUGAAAUGAGAACAAUUUUUCCUCUCCGUUCCAAUACAAGUACCACAUUAAAUGUACCCCAUGGGCUGCCAUCAAGUGGCAUGCAAGCAUCAGAUAGUCAUCUUUCCACCCAAACUCCUCCAGCAGCUUGGAGAAAGGGCAUGGCUUCUUCAAUUGGUUUUGGCAGGGACAGUAGCACAAUGGGUAUGGUGAGGGAAACAACCAUGGGAACACCAACCAUGGUAACAGAGCAGUGGAAGACUGUAAACAUGCUAAUUGAAAAACCCACGAGAAAGACUAUUACUGGUGUACCACAGCACCUGGCUACUACUACAGGUGCUUCCACAGGUAUAGCUGGGCAAGAACAUCACAAUUCACCACCAUCCAUAUUGUCCACUACUGCAAGAAAUCAAACCUUCAGAGACCGACAUGCCCAUCUCCAGCUUCCUGGAGCUAGUUCUCAGGACUAUUCCAGUACAACUUUUCCCAUUACAGAAAAUGUUGGAGUUCAUAAGCUAAAUUCUACAGUUGAUAAAGAGAUAGGCAGAGAGAACAACACUUGGUCUGAGAAAUACCUGAAAGAAUCCUUCUCAGUGUCAACCACACGGCCUGACUUCUCACCUGCUUCCAAUACGAUGAACUUCCUGACCACAGAUUGCAUACCUGCCACAGCUCAAAGGAUUAUUCUCUACAAUGUGAGUAGCACCAGCUUUCAUGCAGCAUGGUCCACAGAAUCUACGCAGAAUCCUGUUUUCCGAUUUCUACUGCUUCGUGAAGAUCAGCUGAUAUGGGAAACUAAAACUCGCAGCAGACACUUGACAGUGACAGGACUGGAACUUGGGGUCUUUUACACAGUCACAAUCGGGACAGAAGUUUGUAUGAAGGAAACUAAAUCAGCACAUCUGAAAGUAAAGACCGGUAAUUUUAUUUAGAAACAAAUUUGUAAUUGGACUUUACUGCUGUUGAAGUCUAUAAUGCAAGCUGGCAUUUAAGAGAGGUCUGGGUAGGGGCUUGUUUAAAAACAGUGGACUGACAGUGAAUCCAGUUGUAACAGUACUAUAAAGUCUGCCCUGAAGCUUGGUACUGAAAUGAUUCUGUUGAUGCAAUCAUAUCUUUGGGAGCACUGCCCUUCCCAGCCACGGUCAUAUGACUUCCCUCAAGCAACUACACCAAUAGCUUAUGUGAAAAAAUAAUAGCAGGACAUUCAUUUAAUGUGUUUUUAGUUUGCCUUGAUGUAACACAGCAGCUGGAAACUGGACAGGCAUUAUAUUUGUGCCAGGUAAAAUGCCUCUUUCCUGGAACAAAAAGCUAGCAUACAGGCAUUAAGGUGUUUUCUUCAUGGAAGGAGGCGAGCUCGCCCAUGAAAAAGUGCUAGCACUUCCCAUCAGCAACAUCUCGAGAGAGAAGUUUUCUAGUAUGGCAUAUAAUGCUUGUACAUUUGUCUCAGUAUCCCUAGGGCUCCUGUUAGCUUACAGUCCUUUGCUUUCCCUCCCACCCCACCAAGGGAGAAAGGAAGAGUGCACUGGCUUGCUAAUGGCUUGCCAAAAAACAGGCCAUCAGAGUGCCCUGCAGGGACCUUCCUACAAGGAGCUUGGACAGUGCUGAAACUGCUCAAGCCCUGGCACCUUCUCCUGACUUUUUAAUAGUGCUUUGGCCCCUUCCUACUAUUUAAAGGGCAGUAGAGCUUCCUGCUUGAAAUUCUUGGUGCUCAGAUAGACCACCUGUCCAUGUCCUAUGAGCAGAACCAAGACCAUGUGACCAGAGAACUCUCUCUAGGCUGCCAGUGGUCCAUGAAUCACAAUCUGUGAAAUAAUUCUUCUCAAUAACUUUCUUUUAAUUUUGCAGCUGCU